AUGGUCGCUCCUCCUAACAUCGGCGUCGCGUACAUUUUUUUCUUCGAUAUUACUGCAGCGCUCGAACGGAUGGAAAGCCAGCAGGAACCUCCUGCGGGAGGAGGACCCAAGGGGCCGAUAACGGAGGAGGACAUCAGGAAUGCCAUCUCGGACAGAGAGAUCAUUGAUGUCACGACUCCAAGCGAUGGAGAAGAGGCAGAGACUGAAGCUAGAACGACACUAACAGCCAAGAAACACACAGAAAACAAAGAACAGGAAGUAGAAGUGGAAGCUAUGUCGGACACCUCCGAACCACCACGGUUUGAUGAAGCCACAGCAGAAUCAUUAUCGUUUACAGACAUGUACGAAUACGUGCGAGGAGAAAUCAAAGGAAUGACACUGGAUCAAGCCCAAGACGUCGAGAGCGUAGUAGCGUUUAUACAAGACAUGUUCGCGGACGUGUUUCUAGCACGACCGGCAGAACCACUAGCACCAAACCGCAAUCACUACCCUGAGCUGGAGGAGGAAGAAACACGGCGAAUGUUGCAACUGUUUCUGACGGAUAUCCAAGAGGAAACAGCAAAUGCACGCAAAUGGAGAGCACGGAUGUUGGAUCUAACGCGGAUAAUCUAUAAAUCAAGGAAGAGUCUGAAGGAAACACUGGAGUUCACGGAACAAGCGGCUAGGGUAAAACCAAAAGCGUCAACAAACCCGUGGCUCGAAAACUCGUACUACCCUCAGAGAAAACCCGUGGCUCGAAAAGCUCGUGCUACCCUCAGAGAAGAACACGGAAGAUGA